UUCUGCAGCAGAGUGGGAAAUCAUCAGAAGCCAAUGAUGAGAAACAACACAAUAACAUUUAUCCUGCUGGGACUGACCAGUGACCCACAGCUGAAGGUUGUGAUUUUUAUCUUUCUAUUUCUCACCUACAUGUCGAGUGUUAUUGGGAACCUGACAAUCAUCUUCCUCACCUUCAUCAGUUCUCAACUUAAAACUGCCAUGUAUUUUUUCCUACAAAAUUUUUCCUUCUUAGAAAUCUCAUUUACAUCUGCUUGUAUUCCCAGAUACCUCUACAACAUAUCAACGGGUGACAGGACAAUUACAUAUGAUAAUUGUGUCAUUCAAAUUUUUUUUACUGACCUCUUUGGUGUAACAGAAUUUUUUCUCCUGGCCACCAUGUCCUAUGACCGAUAUGUAGCCAUCUGCAAACCCCUACAUUACGUGACCAUCAUGAACAACAAGGUCUGUAGAAGACUCAUCCUGUGUUGCUGGACAGCUGCCUUGUUAAUCAUACUCCCACCAUUAAGCCUGGGCCUAAAACUGGAAUUCUGUGACUCUAAUGUCAUUGACCAUUUUGUCUGUGAUGCCUCACCUCUCCUAAAGAUCUCAUGCUCAGAAACAUGGCUCAUAGAGCAGGUGGUCAUAGUUUGUGCUGUGUUGACCUUUAUCAUGACCCUUAUAUGUGUUGUUCUGUCCUAUGUAUACAUCAUCAAGACCAUUCUUCGAUUCCCUUCUGCCCAGCAAAGGAAGAAGGCGUUUUCUACCUGCUCUUCCCACAUGAUUGUGGUUUCCAUCACAUAUGGAAGCUGCAUCUUCAUCUACGUCAAACCUUCAGGGAAGAAUUCAGUGGCCAUUAAUAAAGGUGUGCUGAUGCUCACUACUUCCAUCGCCCCCAUGCUGAACCCCUUCAUUUACACCCUGAGGAACAAGCAAGUAAAACAAGCCUGCCAGGAUUUAAUCAAAAGAAUUGCAUUGUUCUUUAAGAAGUAA